GAUUCAUUUCUGGUACUCGAUGUUGUACUCGUUUUCGAUCAACGGUUACGUUAGAUAGUCAUUUGUUGUAAUGCGAUCAAGUUUCCAUCUUACACAUUAAAUGGCACAGCUCGAUAGGGUUUUAGUCUGAAUUUAACGAUUUUAUACUUACCUUUGCUCUAUGCUAGGGCAGCUUCUAACCAAAGUGCUCGCAAAAUCAGCGGUAUAUCUAUAUACUAGAGUAGAAUAUGCAAUAACCCGUUAUGCGCCGCAUGUUUUAAAGCUUAUUACACGGUGUUUUGACUACAUUGAAAUUUCCCUUUCACAAGCCAAUUAUCUGUGCGUAUGCUACCCGAAACUCCUGCGACUUUUACCACUUUGUAAACAAUGCCCGAACCGCCGCACAAGAAAGCCAGAUCGGCUCCUUUAGGAAGUGCCAUCAUUUUCUUCCACGAAUCUCAGGGCUGUCCAUCCAUGGUCAAAGCUCUGCCUCUGAAUGCCCUGGAACCAGUGGAAGCUGGCACAGCACUGACCGAGAAGACAGUGUGUCGCGCACGCUAUCGCGACGGCUUGUACAACUGUAUUGUUAUCUGGAUCGAAGAAGAAAAAACGGCAAAUGAAUUGGCCGCGGCGCGACUGUUCCCGUCAUCCAAUGAGAAAACAUACGAGGAUAAGGGCUACCGUUGGGCAGUGGAACUAGGCUUGAUGCGCGCGAAGCAUGGAGACGCGGAAACAGCACACAACGAGACCAAGGAGAUGUGGUUCGCCGAGAGUGUGGUGGAGCCCCGUUCCGCGUCGUGGGAUUCGGCCAGUGAGGCACGCGAAGGAUCCCCGAGUACUGUGGAUCUGGUCAGCAGUGCGCCCUUCCUCAAUGGAGGCUCCGUCAGUAUGGCGCCAGGUGCAUCGCGGGUAAACAUGCAUCCGGCUGCAAACGACAGGCUGCUUGCUUGGUGGAUGUAUCGAGAAAACAUGUUGGCUUACCAGAAUGGAACGGUGCUCAAAAGUGCUCGAGGAAAGCGCAGCGCUCCUGAAGGUGAAGGUUAUGCGUUAGAAGGCACACCGCCGUUUUCGUCCAGCACGUCACUUUCUUCGCCGAUGGGUAUGGAUCCAGUGCCCCCAAGUGAGAUUUUGGAUGCGGUUUUAACUCAAUCUACAUGGAAAAAAGCCUUGAAACUGACAAUGAAAAAGUUAUUUACUACGGACGAGCUCAUCAAUUCGGUACCUACAGAGCGGGGCGCGCGGAUGUCGAAAAACGGAAAAAAGGCGUUGGAUCAAGACAGACUGAACGUUGUUAAAAGUGUUGUGGAUAGCUACUGUGAAUUUAAAGAUGUUCCCAAUCCGCCGACAAAGGAGAUGAUCCACCAAGAAUUGGGUGGAAUCCUGUUUAGCAUCCGCGAAUCCCACAAGAAGCACAGCGGGGUUAAACCGAAAAAGGUAACCGGCUCAGUGUCGCAUACGGCCACCAAUGAGGAAAAGCCGCGCGAAGUCAAGGGUCAUAUUGGUAAACGCAAGAACGGAGUGCCGGCUCGGGCCAUCAACUACAAGGCGCCGUCUUUUGUCGCUCCUCUUGAUUUGUCGGAUGGACGUUCUCCAGUGUCACUGUCACCCAGCUAAGGCUAAACAGUUGUAGUACAGAGAACGAUAUCGUUCUCUGUGUUUGUAGUAACUCUGGGUUUGGUAGCUUUUUUGGAGACCCUUGUGCAUAAAUUGCCUGUACUACAAAGUCUUGAUUAUGCACCGGCCAGUUAGGAUUUUGAAUUGCUUUUGUUGUGCAAA